CCGGGCCGCGGGGCACGGCGGGGGCAGGGCGGGCCGAGCCAGCCCCGACCUGAGGUCACCGCUGCCGGGUUGGGAUCCGUUGUUGCUGCCGCUGCCCCUGGUGGUCAGAAGCGCCACCGAGACGCAGCCCCCGCUGCUGAAAGUGCGGCUGCAGGUACUCAGCCUUGUCGAGGCUCAGGGCGUUGAUGGCUUUUCUUGUUUACCCAAGGCACAGAAUAGGGUUAAUAGCUGCUCUUAUCACACAGCGAUACUAAAGCGUUAGUAACGUGAGUUAACCAAAAUUCGCAAAGUUCGUUUAGAUCUUGGGGAUUAAAAGUCUAAUUUCAAGGGACUGCCGCCACUGCAUAAAAACACACAGGUACACAAGCAAGGAAUUAACUGCAUGCAACUUAUAAUGUGCACUUAACAUAGCUGCUCUCUUCUGAGGGGUACCAAGAGCUACAGAAAGGAUUAAUUUAGCUAAACAGCCACCUGUGAGGUGAUAGAUAAUGGCUUUAUUUUAUUAAAGCAGAAACAUUCUGAUGAAUGUCAAGUUACUGAAGUCAUACUGUCAGUUCCUACUUUGAUCGCCACUGAACUGCUUAAUUAUUCAGCAAUACAUUAGACACAUAUCCUGUAAAACAUGCUAACUCGCCUUUCUUCAGGGAAGGGAGCUAGAAAGGCAAUUAAAAUACAGAGGUGUCACUGCCCGUGGCAGGGGCUGGAACUGGAUGAGCUUUGAGUUCCUUCCAGCCCAGAUCAUUCCAUGAUUCUAUGAUAGCCGUCACUGCAGGGUUGAUCCUGUUUUACCAACUUUUCAAAAGCAACCUUGGCUACCUAGUUUCAGAGUAGCUGAAGCACUUGGUUAUCUCCCUUGUAUAAACAGACCUUUAACUAUUAUUUUAACAUAAGCCUUGAGAGCUUCCUAGCUUGUGUUUAUCCUUUAAAUAGCAGCCAAAGAAGGACAAUCAAAUCAGAUGUUCUCUCAGUUGCUGUCCCUUUUGCUAACCAUGCAGAGUAUAUCAGCUGUCUGCUUGUGAUUAACACAGUGAUGCAAUGAGAGUUAUUAAAAGAUAAAGCAGAGCAGGCAAGCUAGUCUAAACUUAGUGUAACCUGAAGCAAGCAAUGAAGUAUCCUGUGGUUCCUUUGGUGAAUGAGCUGACCUUUACUCUGCUUUUCUUCUGGUUUUGUUUGCCAUUUGUAAUGCUGUUGAUCCUAAUGAUUAUCUGGCUACAGUUUCUCCUUAAUGAAGCACAGAUGCCCAGUGCAGAAGAAGUAAACAAACAGUCUUCUGAUGAGCCUGAUUCUAAAUCUGAGGUUGAACCAACAGAGGAAGAAAACCAGAAUGACACAUCUAGUAUAGAAAUGGAAGAGGAGGUGCAAUCAUCUGCAGGAAAGUUGAGGUCUAAGCCUGUUUAUCUGAGUUCAAAUCCGGAAAGCCAAAAGCCAAGUCUUUUUGCUAUAAUCUCAGACAGCUGGUUUCACAGCCAGAAGAUAAAAUAUUCCCAUAUUGAGAAGAGCAAUUUCUGUAACACCAUGAUGCUAUUGUGUACCAUGCUUUCUUCUCUCAUCUGGAACUUUGUCUGCCAGUUGCUACAGAUCUCUAACGUCCUGAGGAUUCAAGUGCUGCCAUCCUCUCUGAUUAUCUACAUGGCUCAGCUGUUUGUUUUGCUGAGUCAAAAACUUGUGAAAACCCUGGGCUCCCUGAGGCUGAAGAGCAGGGGGCUGUUGGCUUCAGUCUUGGGGAGGAAACUGGAGCGCAGUGAUGGUCGGAGAACCACCUCUGCACAGUAUUGACUGAUUAAAUAUUAAAUGGAUGACAGCAUCCAGCCUCUUGGGCAGUGCUUGGGUAUGUGCUCUGCUCCCCUCCCGCUUCACAGAAGGACGAGUUCCUCCUUUGUAAAGACUAGUAAUGCUCUCACCACUAUUAACCUUCCAUUUCAAACAAGAUCAAGGCAAGCGCUCUCACCAGCCGUUCUUACCCAAGCUUACAUGCAGUACAGCUCAGUGAUUACUCAUGCCGCACUUUGCACUUUCCUGAUCUCCAACUUGUCAGUUCUCAAAGUAGGAAACAAAGUUUCUAAGAAACGAAACACAUUUACCUCCAAUUAACAAGAAAUAAUUAAGCCCUUCGCAGGUACCGAGCAUGCAUUUCUUCUGUUUCUGUUUGGAAUGGGCUUGGUUUUUCAGCGUAGCUGGCAGGCUGUGGUGAGUUUAGGUUACCGCUUGGAGGCACUUGACAACAACUUGAUUUAAGGGACCACACUGUGGUUGGUGGGACAGGGAUGAGCCGUAGUUUUGUGGCCUAAGGGUUUAUCCAGUCAUUGGGCUAUGAACAGAGCAGCUCUGUGCACGCAUUCAACAAACUUUGUUUAAGGAGGACCUGAAUUAGGAGGUCACAUCCCAGAGAGCACGUUACCACUCGUGACAGAUACCUCUGCUCACCUCGUGAAGCAGUGUCCCUCACAAGGCUGGCUGUGUGACAGUAGCCGCCUGCACUGAUGAUGAAGCGUGCCUUCGUUAUGUUUGCUCGUCUUUCCCUCCUCCUCCCCUGAAUUCCACAGGUCCCAAUACCCGUCCGGAGCUGUGUGCAUUAAAUAGAGCUUGUCCGCGGCUUUA